AUGGUUGUCAAAGCUAUAUCUCAAUCUUCGGUCGCUAGAAAUGGUGUUGGUGCGUUUGUCUUUCCUGUUAAAAAAAUUACUCUUCAAUAUUGUAAUUGGGGUGGAUCUUCAGAUGGUAUUAGAAAAUUCCUUGUAUCUAGUCGACUAGAUAAGUUUGCCGAAAAGUACCCACAUAUUGAAUUUAAUAUUUUAAGAAAACCAGGUCAUCCGAUUUUAAGAGGUGAAUAUACAAAUGGACGUGAAAAGGUGAUUUGUGUGAGAAAUUUGAAUCCAAAUGAUGUUGAAAAUAAACUGGUAUUGUUGAAGAAUUCUAGUGGUAAUAUUUUACAGAAAUUGACAAGGAAUGAUAAUGUUAAAUCUUUGAAUUCAAGUGUUAGAGGUGUUUGGUCUCCUCUUCAUGCAGAUUCAAAAUAUACUAUUUGA